AUGACGAUAACCUCCGGAGCGCCUGCCCAUGGCAACCCAGCACACUUGCUGCCCCCAUCCUGGACUAGUGUCAUCAGCGCCUGGCUAGCUGAAGACACACCUUCCUUCGACUAUGGUGGUUUCGUCGUAGGUGCCGCACCAGCAACUGCUCGUCUCCUCGCCAAAUCUCCUGGUAUCCUCGCUGGUGUACCUUUUGUCGAUGAGAUCUUCAAGCAAUUAGACUGCAAGGUGGAGUGGCUGGUCAAGGAAGGCGAGCUCGUGGGUCAGAAUGGCAAGCAACACGUAGCCACCGUAACAGGUCCCACACGCAACCUCUUGCUAGGCGAGAGAGUAGCUUUGAAUGUCAUAGCCAGAUGUUCUGGUAUUGCCACAAAAUCGGACUCACUCCUCCAACUCCUCCGCCGCGCCGGCUACAAAAAUACCCUCGCCGGCACCAGAAAAACCACGCCGGGCUUCCGCCUCGUCGAAAAGUACGGCAUGAUAGUAGGCGGCUGCGACCCCCACCGACAAGACCUCUCCACAAUGACCAUGCUAAAAGACAACCACAUCUGGGCCUGCAACAACAACAUCGCCACCGCCGUCUCCGCCGCAAAAGCAGCCGGUGGUUUCGCCAUCAAGGUCGAGGUCGAAUGCCAGAGUUUGGAUGAAGCUAAUCAAGCUAUUGAAGCUGGUGCUGAUGUGGUCAUGUUGGAUAACUUUACACCAGAGGAGAUGAAGAGGGCGGCGAGGAAGAUCAAGGAGAAUUAUGGGGGUGGUGUUAGGGGCCCGCUUGUGGAGGUUAGUGGUGGCUUGACCGAGGAUAAUGUGGAGGAUUAUGUGAGUGAUGAUGUGGAUAUUAUUUCUUCGUCGUCUAUCCAUCAGGGUACUAAACAUGUCGAUUUCUCGCUCAAGAUUGUGCCCAAGGGGGCUGAGAGCAAGGAGGGAAAGGGUGAGAGUUUGGCUGUAUGA